AUGUCAAUUAUACGACCUAUUACGAAUGACACCGUGCAUAGAAUAUGCUCAGGCCAGGUAAUCACAGAUUUGGCGUCAGCAGUAAAAGAACUGGUCGAAAAUGCUCUUGAUGCUGGUGCGACAACCAUUGAGGUUCGCAUAAAAAAUUAUGGUCUUGAUAGUAUAGAGGUCUCGGAUAAUGGCUCGGGGAUUUCAAAAGAAGAUCAAGAAUCUAUCGGAAAAAAGCAUUAUACCUCAAAGAUCGAAGCAUUUGGGGAUUUAGAUACUCUGGAGACAUUUGGAUUUCGUGGAGAAGCAUUAAGCAGUCUUUGUUCUGUUUCCGACGUGACGAUUACAACUGCAACUGCCUUAGAAUCUCCAAAAGGACUUCAACUAAAACUAGAUCAUGAAGGGUCUGUGAUAAGUAAAUCUACGGUUGCUUCACAAAAAGGGACAAUGGUUUCCAUUCAUAACCUGUUUUCCACUUUGCCUGUUAGAAGAAAAGUGUUUGAGCGGAAUUGUCGGCGCGAUUUUUCCAAGUCAAUUUCUUUGCUUCAAGCAUACGCGGUCAUCUCUAUAGAAAAGAAAUUUAUAAUUUUUCAUCAAACAAAGGCAUCUGGGAAAGUUGUGCAAUUUUCAACAAAUAUGAACUCGGACAUAAACCUGAAUAUAAUGAAUAUAUUCGGUACGAAGUUAUCAUCAAAUUUAGUCAGAUGGCAAGAUGGAUUUAUAGAAGGAUACAUCUCAAGGCCACACGUGGGAUCAGUUCGAUUGUCUUCCGAUAAACAAAUGGUGUUUAUUAAUAGACGACCCAUCAGUCUACCAAAACUAGUGAAAGCAAUCCAAGAGGUUUUUAAGAUGUAUAGCAUGUCUCAAGCUCCUUUUUUUGCCAUUAACCUAACGUUAACUGAAGGAACCGUGGACGUAAAUGUCUCUCCAGAUAAACGAUCCGUUUUUCUUUCUGAGGAAAAUUUUAUUAUCGACUUUGUAAGAGAAUCUUUACAGCGCUUAUGUGAAGGAACUGCGCACUCGCUGACAGAAUCCAAGCUACAGCCUUCCAUAACGACACCAUCUUCUAGCCCUUAUGAAAUCAACCUUGCCUCUUUCUCUAGCCAACCCGAUUCUUCUCAGAAAUCUUUAUUUUCGGGCUUCAGCAAGGACGAUGACUUGAUUGAUGCCGAUACAUAUGGCAACGAGUUUUCCACAAGUCACAAGCGAAAGCUUUCAAAUUCAAGAGAAGACAAUGAAAGUGAUACGAUGAAAGCUCCUAUAUUGAAUAAAACUUCCACGAGAACAUAUGGAACAGAGCACGGUACAUCAGAUAACAAUUUGGAAAGUCGGCUUUCUGCUUCACAUGAAAAAAUGCGACAACGUUUGUCAUCGUUUGUUUCUAAUUCAACUUUAAGGAAACCAAAAGCGGAUGAAAAAUAUGUAUUAUCCCCUUCACCUUUGAGAAGUUCGGCUUCCGAAUCCUUAAAAAGCAUUUCCCCAAGCGGACCUGAACCGUCACCAUCCCCAUUUCCGAAGAGGUUUCCUAUAUCUCCACCAGGAGCAGAUGAAUCUUUAUUAUCUUCCUCUUCUCCUGUCGAAGCCAAUGAAAACGUGUUCUCUUCCAGUCCAAUUCCACCCAAAACGUCUGCCUUACAAAAACGAAAAUUCUUUCUUGGGAAACCUACAGAUAAUUUAAGAAAAAUAAAAGAAACCGUGGAUGUUUCUUUCGAUAAUUGGGAAAAUAAUCUGACUUUUAAUGAUGAUAUUACGAAAGAGCCUGCCAAACUGGGUCUAAUCCAUGACAUUUCUGAUACCAAUCAAGAGGAGCACCUAGAUCUUACCAUACAUAAAGCAGACUUUCUGAAGAUGAGAAUAGUUGGCCAGUUUAAUAGGGGAUUCAUAGUAGUCAUCCACAAAAACAACCUUUUCAUCAUAGAUCAACAUGCAAGUGAUGAAAAAUUCAAUUAUGAAAAACUAAAGGGUAGAGUCAAAUUGAAACCACAAGAACUAGUGGCACCGAAACAGCUUAAUCUCGCAGCCACUGAGGAAAUUGUCCUUUUUGAGCAUAUGGAAAUGAUCCGUGAGAAGGGAUUCGAAAUUAUUGUGAACAUGGAUGAACCUGUAGGGAAACGCUGUAAGUUAAUAGCUGUUCCUUCUGGAAAGAGCGUUGUCUUUGAUGUAGGAGAUUUAUUGGAGAUGUUAAAUCUUCUAUCGGAGCAUCCUCGUAUAAAUCCCAUAAGUAGCAAAUUAGAAAGAAUGCUUGCAUCCAAGGCUUGUAGAAGCAGUAUAAUGAUCGGUCGAGCUUUGACAAUAUCAGAAAUGUCUACGGUUGUGAGACAUCUUGCUGACCUAAGUAAGCCUUGGAACUGUCCGCAUGGGAGACCGACCAUGCGGCACCUCUUUCGCAUGAAAGAUUCUACUUGA